ACGUUUCGCGAAUUUCAUCUCCUGUUCUUCUCUCAUUCUUUUCAUACUAAAUGCUCUACCUUUGCUGUAAAUUGUGUACGUUUUAAAAUUCAAAAGUGGAUCGAAAUAUCGGGUGUAGCUCUCAACUUGCAUGUUGACUGACUGUGUUUCGUUUGAAAUAUAAUUGAAUAAAUUCUCUCCACCGCUAGACACAGGCUACAUUGAAAGAAGCACUUAGGAGGACGGUAACCACUUUAUGAACGAAAAUUUCCUACUCGGCGAGUUUCACAAGCCUAACAAACGACUGAGCUAGCAGUCGUCUGGCCCCUGCAGUAGAAGUUGUAGAGAUAAAGCAAAUAAUUAGUCUGUGCCACAAGAUGGGCCUAAGUCCGGGCGUGGGCGAGGGAGGGCAGCGUUCUACCGGUAACAUGAGACUACUUUAUGAUCUGGUCAAGCCGGUGCGAGACGACCAUGCCACGCUGCAAGCAACCGUCGGAUUGACAUUUGUAAUCCUCCUGCUGCACUCACUAUACCCGCGUAUAAAAGAGUGGUGGGAAUGCCGUAACUUUGCUACCAAGACUUACCACACCGACCACUCGAAGUCGCCUCGACCCGAUGUGGGGCCCUUGCCGUACGAGAACAUGCCUAGGAGGGCGGGACGCUCGGCCGAGCGUCUAAGGGUCGUUUUUGAUAACCCGGUGUACCUUCAUCAAUACGUCGCGCACGGCCACAUGAAGCUCGGUCCGGUGUUCCGGGACGGUUUGGGCGGCCCGGUAGACAUGGUGUUCGUGGCGGACACGUCAUGUCUGUCGGCCGUGCACCGCGCGAGCGGCAGCUACCCCGGCCAUGUGGUGCCCGACGCCUGGACGCUCUACCUCAAAAUCAGGGACAAGAAGAGAGGAAUUUUCUUUAUGGACGGUCCAGAGUGGCUUGAACAUCGCAGGAUUUUGAACCAACGCGUGCUGAGGACGAGUAACAGUAACCGAGUGCUGCCUCAGCUCUGUGCCAACACAGACGCCCUCAUGCAGCACAUGUGGGAGGAGCAGACGCAGGGCAACCUCCAGGCCAAGCUCAUGGUCCAGCUCUACAAGUGGUCCUUAGAAUGCAUGUUCGCGAUAGCGUUAGGCCGCUCGAUAUCAAGCUUCAAGUGCAGCAAGGAGCCCCAGUGUGACUUCGACGCCUUCGUGUCGGCGAUCCACAACGUCUUCGAACACACGGCCGGCAUGGGGCGCACCACCGCCACCAGCGCCAUGGAGCAGAACCUUAAAGUCUGGAACGACUUUUGUGAAGCGUGCGAUGUCGCGCUCCAUGUGGCCGGUCGCUACAUCAACGAGGCUGCAGAGGACAUCAAGCUGCAGGACCAGACGGCGCCCGACGCAGACGCGUGCUUGCUGGAGCGCCUCAUGCUGGACGACGGCGUCUCUCAGGACAUGGCAGUGCGCCUCCUGUCAGACCUGUUCCUGGCUGCUGCUGACACGAGUGUUUGGACAGCCGUGUGGCUGAUUUACGUGAGCGCCAGCCAUGUGUCGUACGCCAGCGCGGCGCGACAAGAGCUGUACCAAGUAACUGGUCGUCAGCCCGCAGAUAGCGAAUCCCCGCUGGAGCUGGGGCAGGAGCAGCUGCGCCGGCUGUCCCGCUGCCGCCACCUGCUGAAGGAGACGCUGAGGCUCUACCCCGUCGCGACCUUCCUUACCAGACUCGUGGAACAUGAGUCUGUCCUGGGAGGCUAUAGGGUGCCCGGCAAUACAAUGAUCAUCGUAUCACUCUACAGCAUCGGAAGAGACCCGAAGUAUUUUUCGGACCCUGACACCUUCGAUCCCACGCGAUGGGCAUCGGAGACUCUGCAAGACCUUAACACAACGCCCAAACGCAACAGCAGUGAAGAUACCGAUGUCUCUCAAUGUAACCAUGAAUCUCCAGAUUGUUCCUCGAAAGUUUGCGAGAAGCGUCAUUCAAAUCCUGACAUCGAGGAGCAACCAGGCCAGUCGGAAAAAGUCCCCCUAACCCGAAGAAGCCAAAAGAACGUUAUGAGUAUGAACAAGCUUUCAGCUUUGCCAUGGGGCAUAGGGACGAGGAACUGUGUAGGUCGGACCGUUGCAGAGACAUUGCUUACCUUAUUCGAAGCGCAACUCUUGUGUCGCUACCAUGUGGUCGUCAGAAAUAAAAGCAUACACAUGAAGAUGCGCAUGAUCAGCGUGCCUUCAGAAAUGCUUGACGUGGUGCUGUACAAAGUACGCGAUAUGGAAGAGACAAAAGAUGGAAUUCUGAAGUGAAACGGGGAAUCUAAACACGUAUUCCAUAUCCCACAAUUCAUGCAUGGUGACUGAAUCAAUCAGAAAGCAACACAUUUUGAAAUAAAACGAAUAAAAAUUUUUAAAAACCACGUUUUCUUA